UCACUUCCUGCUCUUGGAUUUCUCUGGGCUAAGUCGGUUUACCGGCAGCCGAGCUGAGCGGGUGAGAUCAGCUUGACCCCGAUCCUCGGGUUUCUCGUCCCCUAGCCCGGCUCCCCUGACACCCCCCAUUAGCCCGCGCCACCUGCAGGGGGAGGCAGCUCUGAGCCCCAGCUGGUCCGACUGGUUCUGAGCAGGAAGUCUCCCUCCCUCGCCCGGGGCGGCCAACCAGCCCCAGCUCGGUCCCCGGCGUCUAUCCGCACCGUCCCCGCCUGGGAACCUCCGGAUACGGGAGCCAAGGGCCCCGGACAGCUCCCCCUGGUCGGAGGAGCCCAGCGUCCCUCUGCUUGGGGAGGUGUGACCCGGGCGCCGGAGUCCUUAGUGUCAGCGAGAGGGGGUGUCUGAGCGCGCGGGGGGUGAGAUAAGGGACCAUGUGAUUCACCUGGGCACUGGGCUGGUGCGAGGAGGAGGGACCCAGGGGCAGGUGAGGGAAGGCACAGAGUGGAUAACUGUAGGAGGUGUUUGGAGCCAAAUAGAAGGAGGAAGAGGAGGAGGAGGAGGGUACUGCUCGCGGGACGAAGCUCCCCAGUGACAAUGUCUAUUAAGAGGAAGAACUGGUCAGCGCUGUCAAGCUUGGCAAGGCAAAGGACCUUGGAGGAUGAGGAAGAGCAGGAACGAGAACGUCGCCGACGGCACCGAAAUCUGAGUUCAACCACAGAUGAUGAAGCCCCAAAGGUUGCCCACAAUGGAGAUCAGCCAACAGUGGAGAGGCUCCCAAGCCUGGAGGAAAGUGAGGUUCCCAAGCGUCAUUCAUCCAUCAAAGAUGAAGAGGAUGAGAAUUUCCAGGCAGUUCUAAGAACGAGGCAGGAGAGGCGGCUGCGGAGGCAAGCCAUGGAGGCUUCCCAGUCCUCCAUCAAAGAGCAGCUAGAGGUAGAGAAGAAAAAGGAUAGCCAGAACACGGAGCCAGCCACACAGGAACCCUCAGUGCCUCAGAAGGACAUGGUACCUCCACCCAGACGAAGAUUGAGCGAAAAGCAGAGGGGACCUUGGGCCAUAGAUGAGAAGAGUUCAGAGGGAGGAGAGACAAAGACUGUGAAGGCUUUGGACCAAAAAACAGUAUCGACCCCAGAGAAGACACCAGCCCAGGACCAGACAGCUCCAGAGAGAAAAAGAUCAACAGAGAAGAUGCCGGCCCCAAACCAGGCAACUCCAGAGAAAACAUUCACUUCAGAGAAGAUACCAGCCCAGGACCAGACAGAUCCAGAGAGAAAAAAAUCAACAGAGAAGAUGCUGGCCCCAAACCAGGCAACUCCAGAGAAAACAUUCACUUCAGAGAAGAUACCCGCCCAGGACCAGACAGCUCCAGAGAGAAAAAGAGCUUCAGAGAAGACAUUACCCCAAGACCAGACAACUCCAGAGAAAAAAUUAACUUCAGAGAAGAGAUCUGCUUUUGAGAAAGCAUCAUUCACAGAAAAGACAUUGGUUCCUGAGGAAGCAUUAGCCCCAAAGAAGGUUUUAGCUGGAGAGAAGGCAUUGACUUCAGUGAAGACAUCAAGCCUGGAGAAGGUAUUAGUUUCAGAGAAAGGGUCAGUCUCUGAGGAGUCUUUAAUCCCAAAGAAGUUAUCAACUCGAGAGAGAGCACUGGUUUUUGAGAGGACAUCAGCUCAGGAGAAAGCACUGAUUCCAGAGAAGGGCUCAGUUCGGGAAAAAGUAAUAGCCUCCAGGAAACUGGGCCUGGAGCAGCCUCCAGUUCAGACUCCAGAGCAAAAGGACUCUGAGAAAGAUGUUACAGAAAAGAAAGAGCCAAAAAGAAGGGAGACCUUAGAGAAGUCACCCUCUUCAGAGGCACCUAGAGAGGAAAUGAAGUCUGAACCUCAGCCAGUGGCUUCUCGUUUCCGACCCUUCACCCUUCAGGUGAAAAUCCCAAGCAAAGAGGAAGAAACUGAAGUGACCUCUCCAAGCCAGGGCACCUACAGCAGCUCCCUCACACGCUCCAGCCCUAGAACCAUCUCCUUUCGGAUGAGCACUAGGAAAGAAAACCCAGAGACAACAUUUACCCGUAGUGCCAGCGUGAGGCUUCCGAGCAACACAGUCAAAUUAGGGGAGAAGUUGGAGAGAUACCACACAGCUAUACAGAGAUCAGCAUCUGUCAAGUCUCCAGGCUCUUCCCGGACUGAGUUCUUUGUGGCUCCUGUUGGGGUGGCCAGCAAGAGGAGCCUCUUUGAGAAGGAGCAGGUCAGGAAUAGCAAGGCUGAGCCAGCAUUGAGCAGGAAGGAAUACCUGAGACUCUCAGAUGUGAAGACCUCACGGCUCAACCUAUGGAUCAGCAGAACCCAGGAUUCUGGAGGAGACCAGGACUCUCAGGACAUAAAGAAGGAGGCAGUAACUACCAAGAAGAACUCUUGGGGAAAGCAAGCCACUUCUCCUCCAGAUAGCCAGAUCUGACAGGCGUGUCCAGAUGAGAGGGGCUGAAUCUGCAGCCUACAUGCCAGGCCCGGGUAUUUGGUCAAUGCUGUCCACUUCACAUUACUCCCUGCAAAGCUUCCUUUCUAGUCCGGGAAUCUCAGAAUUGACUUGACUUCAGUCCCUGGAGCACCCAAGAAUACUUGAGAGAAAUAUCACUGCCAAAAAGGGUGAAAAGGGAGAGAGAGCAGGAUACCCCAGGGGAAUCUCACCCAGUUCCUCCUUUGCUGAAACUCUUGGACCCAGGAACACGUCGACAUCUUCACAUUCUACUAUAGGCACUCUGACACCUUUGGAAACACUGGACAGGGGAUCGAAGGCCUUGUCACUCCACUCAAACCCUCUCUGACCUAGCAAGGAAGGGAGAAACUAUCCUGAUCAUCCCUGUGGGAGAUUCUAGGAGGGAAAGAGGAAGGCUAAAGAUAGCUAGAACAGCCCUGAUAGGGGUUGAAGAAUUAUGGCACCUUCAGUCUAGACUGAAUCCUCACUCAUCAUUAAUGUGUCCAGCAGGGCUACCCUCUGGAAGGUCUGCAUCCUUAGUAUUGCCUCCCACCUCUGCAAGUAACUCCAUCUGCCUCUGAUUUACCUCCCUACCUACAUCCUGUCCCUCACUAGCUCCCAAGACCAGCCAUCCUGUCCAUUCUUAUCUACCCUAGGGCCAAAUGGUGAGGGAGAGAAUUUUGACUUUGAUGUGUCCAGAUGCCCGUUCUUCGGUUUCUUCCUCACCUUUAAGGCAGUUCCUUAGCUUCACUCUUCCCUUGCUCUUUUUCUGUGCUUCCCUACCAAAAUUUGCUUUCAGGAAAGUAUCCGAUAAGUACAUUUGUGUGAAGGUUUAAGUAACCAAAGAAGCUUCAACUCUUCUCCCUCCCAGAGGAGUUUGGUUUUAAACAAGGACCAAAGCUUUAAACUAUGAAGAUUAAACCAGAUGUGGAAGUCUUAUCAGUGCCCUUGAAAUUGCUGUUUAUUUCCGGUUCUCUCUGUAGUCCAAUGUCGGCUGGACCAUUUUGCUUCAUUGUCUGUUGGGAAGGGACCUAGAGGCCAGAAUCAUCCCAUAGGGUCACUCCUGCCUGCUCAGGAUACAAAACUGAUGUUAUUUAAUGCCAGCUCUCUGUGACUUUUAUGAUGCUUGUUCACUUUGUGGAUGCUCCAAAGCUGGGGUUCAUUGCCAUCGAUGAACGCCUAUUAACUUGAUACAUUGACCCCUAUAUGCUCAGGAAAUUUUUUAGAAGCUUCAUUUCCACUGCUGAUUGAGUGAUAGUCUUCUGUAAAUCCCUUGCCAUGUUUCAGAUGCUUUUGCAUCGAUUUUGGGGGCAUCUGUUGUUCUAGAGUGGGGUUGGAACCUGUGAACCAUAUAAAGCCCACAAAAUCAUUUGCUAAGGCAAUCUCAGGCAAUGGUGAUUUGAAAGCUAGGUGCAACAACUUCCCACUGCUUUAGUUCUAUAAGAUGAUAUUUUUUAUGGCCUGCGAAUGAUGUUAUAGAUAUCCAAAUGAUUUUUGGCAAAAAAAAAAUGUUUUCCAUCACUGUU